CGCCCAUUCCACAAAGUAAAGAAAGAAUUUUGUAAAUAUAAAAUAAUAUUUAAAAACAAAAUGGUCUGUUUGCACAGAGUUUAAUAAUUGUUUCGUUGCAUCCAAAAUAUAUAAAAUGGAUGAAACUUUAAAAAAAAUGCUGCAAAAGAAGGUUUACGAUCUUCUUUCGCACAAGUAUGGAAUUCUUCUACUUCUUGCCGGAGCAGUUUUAAUAACAACAUCAGCACUUCACUUUGGAGAGGCCUGGCUUGAAUGGAGCCAAGAAAAAUAUGAAGCUGUUUUCAAUUCAUUUAGUGACAACAUUGCUGGAAAAUCUUUUAGAGAUAGGUUAACAGUUCCAUUGCCAAUCGAUGUUGUAUACACAUGGGUCAACGGCAGUGACCCAGCACUGACCCGUGAACUGGAGCUGGUCAAAGUGUCCUUAGAAGAAAAGAACAAUAUGACCAGAAAACAAGUAGAAAACAGAGAAGAGCGCUGCACUUUCACAAAUUGUAUUCCAGUUGGAGUUCUGCUGUACCCUCCUCUCCACAGCAGUGUAUCAGCUGCAGACAUCAUUGCAGUUGAUGCGAUGUUUAUAAAUGUAACAGGUCUGAAAGAGAUAAAAGAGCGCAAUGAUUGGCCAGCUAAUUUUACAUUACUGACACUUGAGCAAGAAGCUCAUGCAAAAUAUAUCUUGAAGCACACAGCCCAUGGCUGGACCUACUUGGGAACCAACCACACAGUAAAACCUGCUUUCUAUACAAGUGAUGUGAAUCUACCCCAUGGUCUGCUGGUGCCUGAAACAAUCAUGAUGUCUGGUUUCCCAAGCCAGUAUAGUGAAGGGGACAUCCAACAAACCAUUGCGAGCCGACUUAACAUGACGGAUAAAACUUCUAUUCCGGUGACACUCCAUAAAGACAAAGGACUUGCCCUGCUACACAUCUCAUUGAAAACUAACUUUGACUUGCUUACUAAGGCAAAAAAUUUCACAAUUGAACAUAAAAUCCAGAGGCUGAGUCAAGUCAAGUUGGUCUGGGAUCUCAGAUUUGCGGUUAAAGAUGAUGUUGUUGCAUCCAAUCGUUUUGAGGAUAAUGAGGAGUUAAGAUAUUCUCUCAGAUCAUUAGAGCGCUUUGCUCCUUGGGUCAGACACAUUUACAUAGUGACCAAUGGUCAAAUUCCAUAUUGGUUAAAUCUGGAUAGCCCUAGAGUGACAGUCAUCACACAUGAGGAAAUUUUCCAGAACACAAGCUAUUUGCCAACUUUCAGUUCCCCUGGUAUUGAAGCAAACAUCCACAGAAUUCCAGGACUCUCUGACAAGUUUCUCUACCUGAAUGAUGAUGUCAUGUUUGGCAGCCCUGUAUGGCCAGAUGAUUUCUAUACCCACGCCACUGGCCAAAAACUUUACCUAACAUGGCCAGUCCCAAAUUGUAAUGAUGGCUGCCCAUCCACCUGGAUCAGGGAUGGAUACUGCGACAAGGCCUGCAACUCCUCUGAAUGUGACUGGGAUGGUGGAGAUUGCUUAGGGGCCAAAGGUCGUGUUCAGCUAGGAGCUGGGUUUCAUGACUCAGGGUCUCGGUUCUCUGAUUAUACUUCAUACUGCAACACAGGCUGUGCAAACAACUGGCUAGCUGACAAAUAUUGUGACCAGGCCUGCAACAAUUUACAGUGUGGCUUUGAUCUAGGAGACUGUGGUGUCAGUAACUAUGACAAGCUGUAUGGCCUGACCCUGAGCACAGAGAAGAGACAUUACUCCCUACCUGCAGGAGAAAUCAUGGGAUAUUUUAACCUGAGCACAAUUCUGAGCAAUAAAGAUAAAGUGACGUCUGCAAGUUUUGGGGCCAAUGCUGCAGUCAGAGCUGUUGCUGUAGGGAAUAAAUAUAAAGUUCUAACCCUGAUACUCAACAAGGGACAAAAUGCUACAAAGUUAGAGUUUGAGCUGCAGUACAAAAUUGGUGAAAACCAAACUGGCAAGUUAAAUUUUACGCUCCAAGUGGACACCUCAGUGGAGAAACCUACAGCAGCAGCCGUACUUGCAGAAAAUAAAACAGCAGGUCCAACUGUUAAAUUGGAUGAUGCCCUUGACCUUGAAGCAUUCACUGGGCACCCAGAAGGACCAAGAAUACCAAAACCAGCUGAGGCUGCUGCUACAUUAGAUCUUGAGCAACUAAAUUCAGUGAGGCUUGAUCAAGAUGUGUUAGAUUUCUACAAGGAGGUGCAGAUGUCACCAGAGUUGAAACAAGAGUUAUCUCUCCUUGACAGAUCCAGACAAGAAGGUGAGCUGACAGACAUAGGACUUAAAGUCAAAUUUUAUGAAAUAUUAUGGCACUUUGGUGAUGAGCUUCAAAACCUGAAGCACCUUUUCCAAGAACAGAGGAUGAAAGCAACACUUAGGCAACUAGAAGAAGAAGAGUUAAACCGAAAACAAAAUGCUACUGAUGUUAAGUCUCCUGGAUUAAAAUUGAAAAAUGAUAGUUUGCUUAACAUUGUGAGCUAUCAGCAUGAAGAAAACAAACGUUCACAAAGUGUUGAUGGUCAGCCUGCAUUAUUUCACAUUGGCUCAGAAAAAGACAAGCUGCCAGAUCAAAUUCAAAUACUCAAUGCCAAAACUGAUGAACCUCAAAAUAUUAACCUGCACAAUAAAUCAGAUAUUUUACAACAAUCUGUGAGGGUAAAUAGCCGAUCUGUUAAAAAAAACCCAAAGCUAGGGGACUAUAAUCCUAGAGAGUAUUAUGACAAAAGCAAAUUUGCAAGCAACUGGUUUAACAGAUCUCGUUUGGAUCUGAUUGGCAAGAACAGAACUGUGGGCGGGGAUGUUGAUAGUUACCAGACAAAAACAGAGCCUAGAAGGAGACUUUUAACCAUCAUGUAUUGGAACAGUUUAGAAGAGCAGAUGGAGAGACAGAGAUUAAAGAUGGAGGAAGACAAGCUAGGGGAACAAAUGAGUGAUGAAGAAUUUCUCCGACUAGUAAACAUUGAUAGUGCCAGAGAAAAUGUGGAUGGUUUCCCCUGGGAGAGAAAAGAUGGGAAAACACAGGCUGAGGACUCCAGAGAACUUGGCAGAAAAGCAAAUGAAUACACAGUAGAGGGCUGGCAGGGUAGACAACUCUUAGACACUUUUGGAGAUUCAUUGCGACAUGUCAACCAUAUUUACAACAGAGAAUUUGGAUUUCAACCCCGCAAAGUACCUGGCCAUAUGCCACACAUGAUUGACAAGAACAUUAUGUUUGAGCUUCAAGCUAGGUUUCCUAAAGAAUGGGAUGCCACUUCGGCUCAUAAGAUCCGGAGCUCAACAGACAUGCAGUAUGCAUUUGCCUAUUAUUAUUACCUAAUGGGGGUCACUGAACCUGUCACUGCUACAGAUGUUUUCAAUCAAAUGGACACUGACCACUCAGAAACUUUAUCUGACAGAGAAAUCAGGACUCUAGCUGCCAGAAUGUAUGACUUGCCACUGUAUCUGGAGACAUUGACAGGCCUAGAGAACAUGUUUGUCAACUGUUCACAACAUCUGUCAGAUCCAACUCAGCUGUCAGAAGACAAGCUGGAACACUACUAUGACAAGUCAAUGCCUCAAGUAACUAAAUAUUUAUUCAUCAACUGUGAAAGCAUUAUCCAGCUUGUUAAAAGCAGAGUUAAGCCUAAACUCAAAUACAAAACCAUCACAAUGGAUGAUUCUGAUAUCACAUUUAAGAUGAUUCAUUCUAAUGUGUCCCAUGUGGUUGGACAGCUGGAUGACAUUAGGAAACAUCCCAAGAAAUUCAUUUGCCUGAAUGACAAUAUUGAUCACAGUAUAGAGGAAGCAAAAACUGUAAAAGCAAUACUCCAGGACUUCUAUGAGUCACUUUUACCUAUUCAGUCACAGUUUGAGUUACCUAGGGAUUACAGGAACAGGUUCCUGCACAUGAGAGAUUUAAGAGAGUGGCGCACAUAUAGAGACCGUUUGAGAUUUUGGACGCAUGUCGCUCUUGUUGUGUUGGUUAUACUUGCCCUCCUUUCCUUCUUAGGAGACAAGAUUGAAAAUAUUAGAAGAAACUGGCUUAAUCGCAAGCGCAGACGAAGAAGGCCUUCUUCAAGCUACGACUCCACGCCACCUACCUCUGUGGAUGUGACGCCAUCACCAGACACUGCAGACAUCCCCGGACGCUUUUCCGUAUGGGACACUGUUGUUGAAACCGUAUGACAAUUACUGCUAGGGUUGCUCUCCCCUAAUGUUAUGUUUGUUAUCUUAACUUUUGUCUUCCUUGUCAAUAUGGUUGUGAUAGGAUUUCAUAUUUAUAGUUGACCACGUUUGUCACAGUUCAUCUAUAACAUUUUUUUAUUUACUAAUUUUAUACAUAAACUAAAUUUAUUGAUCUUUACAGUUUUGACAAGUUAAUUCCAAAGUAUUUCCAGCAUAAAACAUUGUUAGUAUUUACAGUUUUGGUAUAUAACCAAACCAAAGAUUUUAAAUUAAAGUGAGAUUUGUGUUUAUAUUAAGAAUCAGACUUUGAGUUUGAGAGGUGAGUUUCUGGAGUCAACUCUUGAUGUUUUGUUUUGUCUGCUGGUAAUGUCAAAUGUUAACUGAGCAACCCUAGCUGAGCUAUUUUUUUGUCAUUGUUGAUCUCAUUUGUUCUUUUUUUUUGUUUAUAAGUUACUGGUCCAUUGAACUAGACGGUAACAUUCCAUAGUUUUAUACACUGAUAUUUGUAAAAUUACCACCCACCAUCUCCCCUCUGCAAUUGUAUUGUUAUUUUUAACAAGAAGUACUAAAAAAAUUCAUUUAGUUGUCUUUACCUGUAGUAUAAUU